AAGUCUCAAUGAGAACUUCCUUAGUUACAAGACGCUUGCACCCCGAUUAUGUGUCGAUUUUUAGCUUGUAGCCUUCUUGCUACGUUUUCUAACGUGUUUAACUCAUAAAGACAAAUUUUAUUUUAUCUUUAAUUUAAUUUUACUGUGACGCGAGACACCAGAGAAACUCUUCGGGUAAAGUGCGCAUAUUCCCGCUCCUUUUUCAUGGCUCUUUAGAGGAAAUGUCUUCCAUCCAGUGGUGUUUUUUACCCCUUAUAUUGACGGUCAUAUGUGGACGUCUGGCACACGGAGCUACAGACCCAGUGGGGACUUCCUCCAUCAGUGCCACCCCCGCUAAUGGGGAGCCGUUCAGCUCUGCCACCCCUGCUCCGAGCGGUACGGCAGAGCCGUUCAGCUCUGCCACCCCUGCUCCGAGCGGUACGGAGGCCGUGAACUCCACUGGUGUCAACACCACGGAGGUCCCUACCCUUGCCACCGUGAGCUCCACGGUAAACACGACACUGUCCGCGACCGAAGCGCCCACUGCGGCCACCGAGAGUCCAACUGCAACCACCGUCCAGCCCACGGUGUCUCCACAGGCGUGUCUCUGUGAUUUAACUCCUGGUUUCUGUGACAUCGGCUGCUGCUGUGACACAGCUGACUGUGGGCUCGCUAACUUGAGCGCUGUCUUCACUGGAUGUCCGCAGAGAGCCGUAUCAGGUGUUUGCGUUGAGAAAUGGCUGAUGUUCAGAGCCAAUGUGGAUUCGUCUCUUAUCACAGUGACUGACUCUCUGUUUUGUGUCCAGCCUUCAGAUAACACGUCCCAGUUUUUCCCAGCCCAACCUCAGCAUCCAGUGUUAGGGGACUCGUACCACUUCUCUCCACAGAAGACUCCAACUGUAGGACCCAGCAGAAGUUUUUACAUGGUUGAUGAUGUCAUCCAGACAUAUUUCCCCAACUCCUCUGUGCGGGGUCUCCUCCGUCAGCCAUCUCCAGGACCGGCAGUGUCAGCUUUUUGCAUCGACCGCAACCCUGCAAAGUUCUUGAGGUCUGUGUCUCUGUCUUGUGCACGGAUGGUGACUCCUCAGUCAUGCAUCACAGAUCCAAGCCUCAGCGCCAACUCCUACUUCUCCGACCUGCAUCUCAUCAAGAUCCCAAAAGCUGAGAUGGCACCAGUGUCAGAUUUUCUGAUCCCAGUGACCAACCUGUCAGUGUGGCCUUCACCAACGCUGCGGAACAGCUCCUGUAUUAAUGCAGUGCAGAAGGUGAAGUUUGUCAUAUUUUACACCGGCAGAGGGGAACUCACAAGCGCAACGGUUGACGUAACCCUAGCCGCUGUGAAUCAGAGUCAGCUGUUGCUCCAGACGCACUCUGUAGAGUUCCAGCUGACCAAAACAAGUCCCACUCCUGCAAUACUGAAGCCUGCAGUCGGACUUAAAGUUGGAUCUCCUCUCAUCGGUCGCUUUUUAAAGGAAGCGAUGCCUCUGACCUCACUGGGGGUGUCACAAAGUGGGACCUGUUCCCCUGAUACAACCACACGAGCACCCAUCCUCUUCACGCACAACAUCAUCACCGGCUGCACCUUCAGUUCUCCAGCCAACGACUGCUCAGAGCUGCGCUCGCAGAUUUAUGGGAUCUUGCAGGGACUCGCUACUCCUGAUGAGAUCGCCAUGAGCUCGGGCUCCCAGCCAGACUGGGCGAGAGUCAUCACACAGGAGUGUCCCUUCAGCCUGCAGGAAACGUGUGAAUCAGGCUGCGUCCUCCCUCACUCUCUCUCCAUCGAAGUACUGUGGGCUCGCCUGGGUCCCCUCGACCUUCCCCAAAACUACAUCCUAGGGGCCAGAUACCUUUUCCAGUGUCAAAAUUUCAAGUGUCCUCUGUCAUCCUCUCUCGCUCUGACCACCAGAGUUACGUUCGCUGACAGCACAGUCUACCCAGAACCCCCCAGGGGUUUGCCUCAGCCUUUCUGGAAGUUUCCUUUUGGCUUCUUCACGAGAGGCUCCGCUGAAUUGGACGGCCACAUUAUUAUGAACAGCAGCAGCACAGAGAAGGUCACAUGGAGUUUAAUGCUGCUCACAGUCAUGUCACUAACAGGAUUAGAAUUCCUCUGCAGGUAACUUGACGGGUAACUGGAGCAGCACUGGGACUCGAGGAAAAGUUUUCUAAAAUACCUAAUUUAUUGUUUCAAUUAUUUCUCAGAAAUAAAUACAUUUUCACAAGA